AUGGGUAUCGUGCAGGACACCCUCACCGCAGUCCGCAAAAUGACAAAACGAGAUGUGUUUCUAGAUAAGGAACAAAUGAUGAAUCUCUUGAUGUUUCUGCCGAUUUGGGACGGAAAGAUGCCAAUGCCUGCCAUUCUUAAGCCCAAACCCCAGUGGACUGGAAAGCAGUUGUUCUCUCUCAUCAUUCCCGGUCCGGUGUCUCUCAUACGCAACCACUCCACACAUCCCGACGAGGAGGACGACGGACCCUAUAAGUGGAUAUCACCGGGAGAUACAAAAGUGCUCAUAGAAUAUGGGGAACUCCUAUCGGGAAUUGUAUGCAAGAGCACUGUGGGCGCCUCCGGGGGCGGUCUAAUGCACGUGUUGUUCAACGAAAUGGGUCACGAGAUAUGCGGUCUGUUUUACGGACACAUCCAGACUGUAGUCAACAAUUGGCUUCUACUCGAAGGCCAUACCAUUGGUAUCGGAGACACAUUCGCCGAUCCGCAGACUUAUCAAGACAUUCAGGACACCAUCAAAAAGGCGCACCAGGAUGUGAUCGAUGUCAUCGAAAAGGCUCAUAAUUACGAGUUAGAGCCGACACCGGGAAAGACAUUGAGGCAGACAUUCGAGGAUCAGGUCAAUCGUAUCCUCAACGACGCCAGAGCUAAGACCGGGUCGUCGGCCAAGAAGUCGCUGUCCGAGUACAACAACUUCAAGUCGAUGGUGGUGUCGGGCGCCAAGGGGUCGGACAUUAAUAUAUCGCAAGUGAUUGCAUGCGUGGGUCAGCAGAACGUUGAGGGGAAACGGAUUCCGUUUGGGUUCCGGAAGCGGACUCUCCCGCACUUUAUUAAAGACGAUUACGGACCCGAGUCACGUGGUUUCGUGGAGAACUCAUACCUCGCGGGACUCACGCCCACAGAGUUCUUCUUCCACUCCAUGGGUGGCAGAGAAGGUCUUAUCGACACGGCCUGUAAGACCGCCGAAACGGGUUAUAUUCAGCGUCGACUGAUCAAAGCCAUGGAGUCAGUGAUGGUUACAUAUGACGGAACUGUACGUAACUCUAACGGACAGGUCAUUCAAUUGCGAUACGGAGAGGACGGCUUAGAUGGUGGGGCCGUUGAGCAGCAAAACCUGCCGUCCCUUAAGCCCAGCGAUAAGGCGCUGAGGGAACGGUUCCGGUUCGACGCCAGUAAUGAACGAUAUCUGCGAAAAAUAUUCACGGAGGACGUGGUGCACGACAUACUGGGCAACAGCGCGUCCCUACCGGAGUUGGAACAGGAAUGGGAGCGCAUUAAAGCCGACAGAGAGAUACUGAGGACUAUAUUCCAGACGCCCGACCAGAAGAUAUACCUUCCCUGCAAUCUAAACCGCAUGAUAUGGAACGCGCAGAAGAUAUUCCACGUGAACCUCAGGGGACAGACAGACCUCUCGCCCCUCAAAGUGAUUGAUGGCGUGGAAGCGCUGGUCAAACGGCUGACUAUAGUCCCGGGCGAAGACCGGCUGUCCGUUCAG